UAAGAAUUAGAUUGGUGACCUAGGUGGAUCAGGCUUAGGUUCUGGUUUAGCAAAUUGCAUUAAUCUCUCAAAUUUGACAGUUGACCUUUAUAAGAAUUAAAUUGGUGACGUAGGUGCAUCAGGCUUAGGUUGUGGUUUAGCAAAUUGCAUUAAUCUCUCAAAUUUGACACUUAAACUUUA